AUUCAUCCAUCCAUCCGUGCAUAGAUCAGCCACUUCACACCAGCAAGUGGUAGUAGUUCGACUCAGAGGUUCAGGCAUGGCAGCUCCGAGAGCACUCGUCCUCGGCUUCCUGCUGGCCAUCGCCGUCGCCAACGCCGAGGCGGCCUCGGUCGUGGUCGGCUUGGCCAAGUGCGCCGACUGCACCAUGAAGAACAUCAAGGCCGAGGAAGCCUUCAAGGGUCUUCAGGUGGCGAUCAAGUGCAAGAACAACGCUGGUGACUACGAGAGCAAGGCGGUGGGUGCCCUCGACCGCACCGGUGCCUUCAGCGUGCCCCUCGCCGCCGACCUCCACGGCGCCGACUGCGUUGCGCAGCUCCACAGCGCCGCCUCCAACGCGCCAUGCUCGGGCCAGGAGCCAUCCAAGAUCGUACCGGUGUCUGAGGGCACCACCUUCGGUGUCGUCGCCGGCGCCAAGACGGACACGGUGGCAUCGCCAGAGUGCGCGUCCGCGACCCUGUGCGGGCCGAUCAAGAAGCACAUCAUCGAGCACUUCCAUCACAAGAAGCCCGUGCCGCCCAAGCCGGAGCCCAAGCCCCAGCCCCACCCGGACUACGGCCCCGUGCCCAAGCCCGAACCCAAGCCGAAGCCCCACCCGGACUAUCACCCCGUCCCUCCCACGCCCACUUACGGCGGCGGCGGUGGCGGUGGCGGUGGAUACCACGGACACCACUGACUCCGAUCUGCCACCCUCCCGCCCAGCACUGAGAUGUCUUGUUGCUGUCAGUGAGUGAAUGAGGUUGCUAUUUAUAUGUGCACGGGUUAGCUUGGUCUUCUAUCAUUCAGAAUAACAGUUGUGAGGGAUAAGUACGGGUGUCAGGCCAUUUUUUUCCAAGGUUUGUAAUACCGGUGUGAAUUUUGGUAAUGAAAAGUUACUCGAUCAUUAUAUCUUGAUCAA